AUGUCAGUUGCACCGCCGGGGCAACUUACCAGCGACUCAGAGAGCUGGGCGAAGCAGCGUAAGCGAUCUAAACGCCACCACCGGUAUCUCGACCACCCACCCAACGAAGAGGAAUACUUAGCUCUAUGCUUAGUCAUGCUUGCUCGUGGUGGUUCUGGUCACCCCCCGGUGAGCCAUGCACGUUCACCACUUCAUCAAACUAAAACGUUAUACAAGUGUUCCGUUUGUGAUAAGACCUUUGGAUCAUACCAAGCUCUUGGAGGACAUAAAGCGAGUCACCGUAAGCUUUCUCCGGCGGCGGCGGAGGACGGCACGUCGAGCUUGGUGGCUGCUAAUGGAGGAAGAGUUCAUAGGUGUUUGAUUUGUAACAAGGUGUUUGGUUCUGGGCAGGCUUUGGGUGGGCAUAAGAGGUGUCAUUUUGAUGGCACACCGGCGAGCGGCGGCGGCUGUGGCGGCGGAGGCGGUGGUGGUGGUGCGGUGGUGGAAGAGAGGAGAGGGUUUGACUUGAACUUGCCGGUGAUGGAGGUCAUGAGCACUUUGGCUUUGUAG